AACAAAGUGGCCUGGACCGGUACAAGAAUUCCACUGGUCUGCCACCUCGUAAUUGUACAUCAGCUGGCAGCGGUUCCGUCCUCGGCAGGCCUCCUCCACUACAGAGAACAGGUUUCCGAACUUUGCCUGGGGCGAGACAAUCUUCCGCGAGGGUGAGCGCGAGUAACGUCGUGCCGCCAUCUGUCUUGUGUACUAAUGUAGGCUUAAACGAAUCUUCCUCAUCUGAUCGAGAACCAGCGACUAAUACUACUGGCAAACAGGGGGUCGCCAAGGUGUCCUCCCCGACGCGGAAAUUCGAGCAUAGUAGUGCUCACUCUGUCGCGCUUUCUGACGAGACAGACGGGGUAAGCGAUGAAGACGAGCCGAGAGCGACGACGAAGCAUGGUCGGCGUGAUUCGCUGACGCUUGCGAGGACGCGCAGACUGCGCUUUAACAGGGUAGGUGGUGCUGCAAGUAGCAAAGAGAAAAAUAGAGCGGAUAUUCGACUUGGACACGAGGAAGAUGUCGAGGCUGCGACCGAGCGGCGGCCGAUGUUGCUGCAUAUGACUAGCGACGAACGGGAAGUGGUGCGACACACUCCAGAAUCUUCCGAUUGCAAUACUACCUUUUCCCCUACUGAGGUAGACGGGGAGAUGAUUAGUGUUUCCGGGGUCGCGAAGAAAAAAUCCAUUUUGGGCCAACAACGCGCUCGCGAGUCGGAGAGAAGGCGAACAACUCCAGGAGGCCGCCUGUCGUCCGACAGUGAAAAACGCCCAGAGACAAGUUCUCCUAGCCGCAAGUCCCCGUCGAUGCCACUCGUUGGAUGCCUUCCCCCUUCUAGUUUCUUGGAUGGGCCGUGUCGUCUGCCAACGAGAGAAGCGAGCCCGUUGGUGGAGUCGGGUGGCUUCGUUCCCACGCGCUAUCGUGGGCAUAGUCACUCCUUGUGUGAUAGUCGGGAUACAGUGUCUGUAGACGGGUCCUUCAAUUUUGGGCGGCCUCCUAUGGCGACCCCGCUGGCGUCUGGCCGUGCCAGUACUUCUGGAGAUAUGAUAGUGGUGCUUCCGCCAACCGAGUCCUCGCCUCAGCGCUCAAGCACGGUUGUAUCUCACCAAGGCACGUCGGCUGCUGAAUGGUACUGGGGGACACUUCCAGCGGACUCAGAGGCGCUGAGUGCGCCUUCGACCGGCCGCGAAGCAAGCGAGGACAGUUCGUUGCUGGAAAGGGGUCCACCAGUAAUUGGUCAGGUGAGUGAAUCAGGGCUGCCAAUUGACAUAAACACAGCGCCGUCACACGCAGGGGAAGAUAGCAGGCUGCAUAGCAGAGGCGGAUGUGGAGCACCUUCUGGUAGAACCCCUGGCACUGCGGAUUCGGUGUGGGCGCCAGCGCUUCUUAGUUGUAGCACGACAUCUUCUUGCAACAGCAAAAGCAGUAACCCGUCCGGGCCAAGUGCGGCGGCGUAUUCUGCCUCCGCGAUUGAUGUCGAUGAGCGAUUUUCACGUGGUAGAUCGGAGAGUGACUUUUCUCAGUCUGGAAAAGAAGGGGGCUUUGGAAUACCUUUUUCAUCAACAGCACCAUCAGCGUCCUCUUCUAGUACACUGCAUGAGCAAAUUAGCAAUCCAAAAACAUUACCUUCUUCAUCACGGCCUGGAGGUACUAGUAUCACCAAUGCUGGUCCCCGCACUGGAGGAGGCAUGACACGUAGACGUUCCGUAUCAGACCCCGAGGAAACGUGGCACGUGAUUCAUGCAUCGGCGGCUCCGCCGUCUGACAACGCGGGUGAUAGCACUCCAAGCAAUUUGCUUGCUGCGUUAGGCGACAUUCCGCCGAUUCCUGGCGACCUGUGCGGUAAUGUAUUUUGCGAUGCCUCUUCCUCUAACACUAAUAUUCAGAAUGAUAUGGCAGGAAUACGAAUAUCUUCACUCAUACUCAAAGAACGUCAGCUUUUGAGCAGAAUGGAGUUACCUUGUAAACAAGGUAAAGAAAUGCCUAAAAAACUGCUCUUGAGUAUGAGGAACGUGGUCCGUUUCACAAAGGAGGGUGCUGGCAUUUCCACAAAGAGUAGCGCUAGAGCUACGCUGCUGACCAAAACAUUUUCCGAGGACGAACUGCGACAGUACUCACUCGUAGAAUCUGCAAUAGAUAAACACGAUCCUGCUGAACAAGGUGGAGAGUCUUUCUCUCCUUCCAGGAGAGAGCUGACAGCGCGGCCUCCACGUAGCAUGGAGCAGCACGAACGAUUUGGGCGCCAGAUGAAACUAUCUUCGGACUUUCUGGCUUCCUGCAGUGAGUGCUCGACAACUGAGCCCGUUCUACAAGUGCGAUCUUCCAUCAAUACCAGCGAAGGGUUUUCGCCUUCUGGGAGAGCACGUGCGGCUGCGGGACGCGUCGGCAAUGUUACGACUCAAGAUAUGUUGCGCUCUUUCGUAAUAGAAUGUUCUGAUCCAGAUCCUGUCUCGCUUCCUUGAUCCUGAUCCAGUUCCCAAAUUCCCAAUCUUUCCGGUCGUUCUUCCAUGCUGUUCCUAGUCGUUUGAUGAUCUUACCGGCAAGCGCCUGCAAUCUUAAUCUUAAACUUUCCAAGUCCAGCGAUCCAGUCAAUCUAUUGCCCGAGCUGUGUCCUUCUGGUGUUUCGUGGUCAAAGCCUUGCGAUGGUGAUCAUGCUCCCCCUGGGUACGCUACUAGAUCCGUAGCUUACGACGUUCCCCAUGGUGUUCCGAUUCGUUUAGACUGGUCCGAUUCGUUUCCUAGUACUACCAAAACGCGCACUAUCUUUACUGCCACUGAUUUCCUUCCUUCUCUCAAGAUAUACACGCCAGGAGUUGGAGGCUUUUUGGUCUUCACUUUUUGGCAUCUUUUUAAUAGCCUGCUACUAUUUCUAUAGCCUGCGCGCUUUUAAGCAACUGGAUCCAUUUAAACUGCACGAAGCUACAAACUGAAGCAAAGCGCGCGCAUUGGCCUGAGUCGUGAUCUUGCUGCCAUUUCCUGACCAGUAUCCGCAUCUCUUGCGCCGCCUUGUGUUCUGAUUCUCUGCCCGCUGCUACAGCCACCGGGCUGAGCUUGUACGUGGGGAAUCGAGUGACAUCGAGAGAAGCCCCCCACUACAAUGCUACGCCUUCGCACUAAGUGCGUGGCGCGUUGCAUGUUCUCGGUGGUUUCCAUCAUAGUGCUGAAAGCUCACAUAUCUCCCUCUUUUCCGUUCCUAUUUUCUUCUAAGCGUGGGACCAGUGCGGUGACCUCCCAGAGACAUGACAAAGAGGUGAGAAAGAGAAAGAAGAAACCCCCGGUCUCUUCUCCACCAUGGAAGCGGGAAAAGAAUCGGCGGUCUUGUCAGAUUGCCUUCUCACCGGGAACGCUAGCAGAUGUGCCCGAGGACGAAGAUAUCACGACCCCCUGCACAGCGCUCUUUCCUGCAACUCGUUGAGGAAAAAGGUCAAAGUUAGAGAUUAUCCCAUCAGUCCCAUCCAUCAGUACCAUGAUUCUUGUCCGUCUUGCGCACAAGAAAAGCGUCAGCGAUGAGACCAGGGAAACGCGUCCCACUACGCUCCCCAGUCACUGAGGGUUCACGCUGCAACCGUCAAAGCAAAGGACGAAUUUUCCGAGCCGUGGACUGAUCGAUGCUGUGCGGCUUCUCCGCAUUGUGUGCCUGCCCAAAUGAGAUUUUUAGCGUCGACUAUGAGGCUUCAUAUUUGAGAUUAUGCGUAUUUUUGGAUGUAUCCAACUGGUUUCUUCGACCUUCAGAUUUAGGGGCGACCUCAGAAUGUAAAAAUCGAUGGUGCUCCCCUUCUUCGUCUCGUUAUGGUUCUCAACUUUAACUUCCAAAACGAUUGUGAUGAUUGCGAAGGUAGACGCCUAAAUUGUCCUAGUACUUGUAUACGAAGUAGCGCUUUGUUGAGCACUUUUGGCUAGUACGAAGAGGGUUUCUUGCUCGAUUUUCUUAACUUUCUGAAGACAGUAGUUUUAGUUAUGCGUUUAACUCUCUGCAAUAAUGCGCUGAAUAGUAGUUUUAUUUAUGUGGAAAUCUAGUUUUUUUAAAUAUGGAUCUUUUGUUUAUGUUUCGUUUGCUGUGUGGGCGAGGAGUUUUUUUUUCGUGAUUUGACUAGAUACAUUUUGUUUGCUCAUGUUUUUUUUUUCCGUUCUACCUUAUCGGAUGUAGUCAUAUCUUGGCAUAGAGAAGGUCGCGUGACAUUGUCUCGCUGGCGUUGUAGGUUGCAGAAUACUUAGUAGUUAUUUGCUCAUAGUUUCAUAAGCUUAAACUUUGGGACGUGUUGUUGCGAAAUUCAAAACAAAAUUCCAUUUUGGUACUCAUAUGUUUUUUGUAAAACACAAAUAGGGCCGCGGCUGUCAUUAGUUCGGGCACAAGCAGAAGAAGCAUUGUUAUGAUCGCGAAUGCACGACCAUAGUGGAGAAUAUAGUGGAUCGUGCGUACUUUUCUGAUGUUAUCAUAAAUGUAGGCUUACAUAAUCCUCACUUGGUCAUUCUUAAGAAUACAGCAUGAGCUUUAGUAUCUUUGGGAUUUUUUUCAUAAUUUUGCUGACUGAGCAAGGAAUCGAAGUAGUAGAGGUUUUUUUAUUGUCACACUUGAAUUUUCGGCUCCUUUUCGUAAUGACUAGUGUCUCGUAGUAACUAGCUAGAGAGGACAUACAAGUGUUUUUGUUAGUGAGUGUACGACGUGGAGUGAAUUUCGCUUAUGAUCAGCAUGGACGUAGCAAAAAAAGGCAUAGCUAGCUUUCAAAUUCUUUCAUACACUGCCUGGCACCACGGGCAAUCCGGGGAUUGUUUUCCUUAGUGUCAUAAUCUUUCUUUUUACUGGUGGGGCUUUACUGUUGUGCUGACAUUAAUUAUCUCAACGUAAUGGGAUCUCCAUUUUAAGACGCAGGAGGACGGGGCUUCUGCUUCUGUAUUCUAGUGUCCACAGUCCUAGUGUGUAGAUUCUUGGCAAGUGUGCAAGGCGGUCGCGUCUCUUUGUCUUAGCUUUUACUUUCUCUGAGAGAGUAGAUUGAUCGAUGACCGAUUGCUUACGAAUUGAAAGCGUCUGUCUAUAACAGCGCUUUUCUUUUCUAAUCUUGGAGAAUUCAUUGUUGAAGGGGCAUCUUGUUGGGCUAAAAUCAAGAGCCUUCCCACAGACUUGAUUUUUAAGAUCAUCUUCAGUCAGACUUAGUAUUCAAGUUGUAAGCAUAGCAAUAACUUACUCGUGGAAUGCCGUAAAGGAUGGACACACUAUGUACACAGGAGACCGCUUCAGGUCUACCGCUGCCAAAAGUCACCCGUCUUUUGCCAUGCGACUCGUUGUAGAUGGCAGAAUUCUUAUGGGUGAUGGCUCGAUUUGGGGCGUACUAGAGCCAUACUGUAACUUGUGUAUCUUUUUUUUCAGCUCCAAGAAUCUCUCUGGUCAUAACGACCGUGAUCGCUUUUCGGGGAGCUGGCGUGCCCUCC